AGCCAUGAACUGUGCAAUCCAGUCCAGUGCUUCGGGGCAGCCAGUAAAGUGUGCACUAUUGUGUACAGAUGAAAAAAAAAAGAAAAAAAAAGAAACAGAGCAAAAAAGGAGGGGGAAGAAAAGAAACUCAGUCCCUUUGUGUGGAGAGGACCCAGCAGGAAAGUGAUUUUGCAAUUACUCCAGCUUGCCGGUGAAGCAAGCUUGGUUCCUCUUAUCUGCACACACUUGCACACUGGACUGUCUCACUCUGCACACUGCUUAUACAAGCACAUACAAGAGUGAGUGUGUGUUUACGGGCUGCGUCUGGGCGCGCUUCGAGAGCCAACAGCAAUGCAAGCCUUCUACCCCUGAUGAUGAAAGCAGACGUCAGACUAGCCCAUGAAUAUUGAUAUGGAGGUAGUCUGUUUCAUAGACGGAACAGAAGGAAGCAAGAUGGCUGCCCUUUAGGAUUUGUUUAAGAGGAGACCCAGACGGUUUGUUGGAAUUCUACAAAGUGGAAGGACUUAAAACAAGGACGCAGAGAGGGCAGCCUUGUGAAUGGACCCUGAGCAGACCAGAUGGAAACAGAAAAGGCCAGCCAUGAGACGGAAAAAAGUCUGAUACUUUCACACAUCAGUGCCGCUCAGCAGACAGACCCUCUUCUCGCCAAGCGCCAGAAUGGAGAUCCGUCUCAGCAGUUCAAUGGGGACACUAAUUGGAGCAAUUUCAAGCCCAACACAGUAGUUUACCCAAUGAAGAGUCAACAGGAGAAUUGUUCUGGGCCUGCUAAUAUGCAGAGGAUAUUGGAUCGAAGCAUGCAUGAGAUGAAUGGACAGAUGAAACGUGCUCUUAGUGAACAGACAUUUUUAGAUUUUCACCAGCCUAAAAAACUCUGCACUGAUUCAGAGGUGAAUGGAAAUGAUGAUCUGAGGCUUUGCGAUAAUAGAGAGGCAGGAAUGGAGAACUGUUUAGAGGGAUUUCCUAAGCAUAAUAAGCCAGGGGAUUUUGAGAUAAAACAUAGUAAAAGAAACUGCAACUUUCCCAAUGGGGAUUUAUUCUUACUGUCAAGGAACAAGCAAGUUCCAAUGCCCAAUGGUGCUACAACAAGCCCACCCUCAGUAAAGGGUACAACUGGUGACCUCUUAGAAAAAACUUUGUCUCAGUAUUACCCAGAGCAUGUGUCCAUCGCACCUCAAUCCAACUCAUCUCAAGCAGAUCAGGUCACCAGCAACAUGCCGGAGCAGGAAACUCCUCCACCUUCAUUAACCUCAGGUUUUCCUAUUUCACCCCAAACAUCUGCCACCGAGCCACUUGCCAAGGCACCCCCAGAAGUACAAGGCAGCAAUGGCUACAAUCCAGAAUUCACAGUGAAUGAAUACUCUAGUUUUGUAGCCAAGCAAAAGAAGUCUACUUAUCCUCUCUCUGACCUGCCAGAAAUGGGAACACAAUUGCUGAGUCAGGAAGCUUCAGAGUCCAAUGUGGCAUCACAGACAGGCAUCAAUGGUUGUGCUCAGAUUCAAGAAGAUAGAAAAGGCCUUCCGAAUUACUCUGAUUGUUUAAGCAAGUCCAACCAAGAUUUUAGUCGUGAAUCUCAUAUAUUGCCCCCAGUGAAGGCAGAAGCACCAUCACAAAACACUCAGACAGGUCAGCAGAACUUACAGAUUAAGGUGCUACAGAAACAACCAACCGAUGAAAGCCUCCAUGACAAUAGAGACUUUCCCUUGCCACAGCAACAGAUUGUUGAGCCACAUAUAGUAGACAGCAGGUUGACCUCCCAGGCUUGUACAUCAGCUUUUCACAAUCAACACAGUGAGCAGAAAAAUAAGCCUAAACCAGAUCAGGAAAAGACAACGUCAGAGAAUACAGAUCACUCAUCCCAGAUGAAAUGGAUAAAUUUAAACUCAGCUUCAGCACCUCAGCCAUGUACUGACCACCCCCAGAUGUGGGAUUUUUUCCUCCCACAGACCCACAUGCAACAGCAUACAGUCACACAGAGCCAAAGUCAUUGUAUAAAUUCCAUGACCUCAAACAACUUUCGGUCUCAAAAUUUCAGUAAUCCUAGUUGUCCCUCAUAUGAAAAUAAGGCACAAGAUAGUCACAAAAACUCCCUACCUCCUACCCAGUUCCCCCACACUUCUUUCCCUGAAUGUCAACAGAACAAUUCUGGUAUGCAUGAUCGUAGUAACAUGCAAUUUAACAAACACACAUCCCAGCAAUUGUGCAAAAAUGAUCAAGACCAGAUACAAUCCCAGAGCUUCCUUUUUCAGCCACCACCUGCUGAGCCUCAUCAGCAAGACAACAGCACACUUCCCCAUCAGCUCCCACAGGAUAGACAGAAUAUGCAAGCAGCUCCACAAUCACAAGAUGUUUCCCACAGCCAGGUAGAUGCACCACUCUUGAAAAGGCUUAAAACAGAGGGUUGCCUUCAUUCAGAAUCCCAGAAGUUAUCUCUAGGUACAGAAACACCAGCAAAAGCACUGUCUAGUCCAACUACAAGAGAAAACUCAACAUUUCCUGGCUUGUCUAAGUCAAAUGUACAAUUCUUGACAAAAGAAGCUGAAGCUCUAACAGAAAGAAAACUCCAGCAGAACAUGCAGUACUCUCAGAACACCAGUAAACAACAUCCAAACUACCAGCAACCUCUCCAACACAGGGUACAUAAUCAUUUGGAAUUUCUUAAUUCUCCGAUUUCUCAAUCACAACUGUCACAAGUUUCUAAUAGUCUUCAGAUAGCUGCUCAAACAUUUACCAAAGCUGAAUUCCAAGAACCCUUUGGCCAAAUCCAGAGAGAGUCUCUCCCAAGCCAAUGUGCUCAAGGAGAUUUGCAGAGGCAUGCAGCCUUGCGAAUGCACCUUCUACAGAGGCAAGAGCGGCAAGGCCCCAACAGCAUCAGGCUAAGUAUGCCAGCCAUAAAAAGUGAAAACUGCUCAGGUUUAGAAACCUCAGCUCAACAUCCACCCAUAGAAGUACAACAGCAAGACCAAGACAAAACCAAAGUCAUGCCAGUGAUAGUAAAGCAGGAGCAUCCUUCUUCACCCUGUGAACAAAGCCAGCAGAGGAGUAUUCUAGCUGCCAUGGAGCAGCAGUUAAAACAGUAUCAGCUCUCACCUGUGUUUGAAAGAAAGUCUUUGGUCAACAAGUCACCCAAUAAGGUGAAGGUAGAGAUGGCUGGGGCUGUGACUGUGCUCUCAACCAGUGCUGAGGGGAAUGUCAAGGAACGGUGUAAACUACAAAACUUCACUCCACCUAGAAAGAUUGAACCUGGGUUACAAACCUUUUUGGAAUCACCCAUGAAGCUGCUUAAUACACCAAUAAAAAACUUGCUAGAUACACCUUUGAAGACACAGUAUGACAUUUCAUCAUGUCAUUGUGUUGAUCAAAUCAGUGAAAGGGAUGAAGGCCCAUAUUAUACUCACUUGGGAUCAGCACCAACUGUUGCAGGCAUCCGCAAAAUUAUGGAGGAAAGAUCCGGACUGACUGGAAGUGCCAUUAGGAUUGAAAAGGUUGUGUAUACAGGAAAGGAAGGGAAGAGUGGGCAGGGCUGUCCCAUUGCUAAAUGGGUAAUACGGAGGGCAAAUGUAGAUGAGAAACUCCUGGUCUUGGUACGAGAGCGGGCUGGUCACUCAUGUGAGACAUCCUGUAUAGUAGUGGUCAUCCUAAUUUGGGAAGGCAUACCAAUCAACCUGGCUGACCGUCUCUACUCAGAACUCAGUGACACUCUAACAAAACAUGGUGCCCUAACAAACCGCAGAUGUGCACUAAAUGAGGAGAGAACAUGUGCAUGCCAGGGUUUUGAAGCUGAUGCCUGUGGAGCUUCUUUCUCCUUUGGUUGCUCAUGGAGUAUGUACUAUAAUGGCUGCAAAUUUGCUAGGAGUAAAAUCCCUCGAAAGUUCAAACUACUUGGGGAUGAUCCCAAGGAGGAAGAGAAACUGGAACAAAAUCUCCAGGGUCUUGCAACUUUAAUUGCCCCAACAUAUAAAAAAAUGGCGCCUGAUGCAUACGCCAAUCAGGUAGAGCAUGAACACAGAGCUCCCGAUUGCCGUCUGGGUCUAAAAGAAGGACGGCCAUUUUCUGGAGUUACAGCCUGUCUAGACUUCUGUGCCCAUGCCCACAGAGACCUUCACAACAUGCAGGGGGGCAGUACUGUGGUCUGCACACUAACACGCGAGGACAAUCGUGAGAUUGGAAAAAUUCCUGAGGAUGAGCAGCUACAUGUGCUUCCCUUAUACAAGGCCUCAUCCACUGAUGAGUUUGGCAGUGCUGAGGCUCAGCUGGAGAAGACCAAGACUGGUGCUAUUCAGGUGCUCAGUGCCUUUCGUAGACAGGUGCGUAUGCUACCAGAGCCUGCCAAGUCUUGCCGGCAGAAGAAGCUGGAUGCCAAGAGAGCUGCAGCUAACAAACCAAACAACCCCAACACACCUAACUCCAAAAUGGACAACACCCAGCAAGCAAGGCAGAAACAGGCCGCUUCUGAGAACCCAGGCCAGAACACAACUGUAACAGGUAAUGUAAGAACAAAUCUUGACUCUGGGCAUCUCCCACAUACUCAUGCUGCCCAUCAGCCUCAGGCUCAGCCUCAACCUCAGCAUCAGCAGCAAGCACAACCUAAUCCUAACCCCUCUUACACUGUCCCACCAUUCCCUAGAUUCUCCAAUGCAUCAGGAACCUUCUUUAACAGCUCUAAAUCAGCAACCCCACAUCCUCAAACCCCAUCUUCUUCUGGUCCUUAUCCCUCUCCUUUACAUGCACCCAACUCUUACAUUAAUGUAUCUAAUGCACCCACCCCAUAUCCCAGGUCUCUUACACCCAGCCCUCUCUACACUGGUUACCAAUGCAAUGGAGGACUCCCCAUGGACAACUACCACCCUUACUAUUCUUCCAAUCUAAAGCAUCCAGAUAUGUAUCAUCUCCAGAGAAAUUCACUGUACUCUGAGCAGCAGUACAAUGCACCUCAACAUUACGGGAUAAACUACCCACCACACUAUGGAGAGCCUAGCUUGCCAGUCAAUGGUUAUGGCACCUGUAACAUGAAACCUGGCAUGCAUUCCAUGGAACGUUACCCAGGUUAUGGUCCUAAUAUGCCACCUGAUGCUUUCUCCAGGCCUCCCUCAGCCCAUCUACAUUUGGACUAUGCAGCUAUCGACAAAAGCAACCAGUUUGAAGCUUACCCCAAACCUCAUAUGUCACAGAAUCCUCAGAUGUUUCCCCAAAAUUUAAAUAGCUUAAGUAUGCAAAAUAAUAAAGAUUUAGAGGUAAACAUUCAUGGAGCAAAUGGUAUCUCUCAGGUGUUUCCUCCUUUGGGUACUGAAUGCUUCAACCCAAUCCAGCCUCAAGGUUUGAGGCUUUCCAGUGAAAAUCCCCUUAACCCCAUAGUCAAACAGGAACCCCCUACCCAGACUUCAGAACAAAAAGAAAAGGAUGUGUGGUCUGACAGUGAGCACAACUUCCUUGACCCUGAAAUUGGAGGAGUAGCAGUGGCACCUAGUCAUGGGUCAAUCAUUAUUGAGUGUGCUAAGCGGGAGCUCCAUGCGACUACACCACUCAAGAAGCCUGACCGCAACCAUCCCACCCGUAUCUCUUUAGUGUUUUACCAGCACAAGAACCUGAAUGAGGCAAAACAUGGACUGGCUCUGUGGGAAGCAAAGAUGGCAGAGAAGGCCCGAGAGAAAGAGGAAGAUGCUGAGAAGCAUGGUACUGAAAAUACAUCCAGCAAGAGCAGUGGAAAGAAGGUGAAAAGAGAACAUUCUGAACCUUCAGAGCCUCCGUAUAAGCAGUUCCUUCUCAUGCUUAAUGAGCGGUCAACAUCCUGCACUACCAAUACAUAUGUAAGCACAUCUCCCUAUGCCUUCACCAAGGUGACUGGGCCUUACAAUCAAUUCCUGUGAAAACCUCCAUAGGUCCAGAGCAUUCACAAACACAAGAGUAAGAGUGGCAUCAGACAAAUUAAAUGGUGCUACAGUAUAGGGUUGCAGACCUCUGUGCCACUGGCCAAAUAACCCAUAAUGCUUGCUCAGUUUGUGUGACGUUAUUAACAGUAGAUAGAUUCAGUAUCCUACUAUAUGGAAAGGCAGAUCAUCAGUGGGUUUUUCAUGCUCUUAAGAAGUCAAGCUUUACUGUUUAAUCAAUUGGAAAAUAUUUAUUUAUUAUUUAAUUACUCUAUGAUAACACACUGUUCUUCAUCCAUGGUGCUUAGAGUCCAACAAAACAUGGACAUGGACAUAUUACUGGGGAAA